AUGGCGGCCUCGCUUAGCCUCCAGUCCAAGCAGAAGCUUAACAGCGGCUACGAGAUCCCCGUACUGGGAUACGGCGCCGAGGAGGUCACCACUGAGGCCAUUAAGGUCGGCUAUCGUCAUAUCGACUCGGCAGCCUCGUACAAGAACGAGGCCGGCGCCGGGGGCGCCAUCCGCAAGGCCAAGGAUGUUCCCCGCUCCGAGAUCUUCUUCACGUCCAAGGUCCGCUACAUCCAUUACGACGGUGCCAAGGACCAGGUCGAGAAGACCCUGAAAGAGACGGGCCUGGACUACAUCGACCUGAUGCUCCUGCACUGCCCAUACGGCGGCUCGGCCGGCCGAAAAGGCGCCUGGAAGGCCCUCGUCGAGGCCCAGGAGGCCGGCAAGGUCCGCUCCAUCGGUAUCAGCAACUACGGCGUGCACCACCUCGACGAGCUCGAGACGCACAUCAAGGAGCUCGAAGAGGAGCGCGGCGGGCCGGGCAAGGGCGGCGCCAUUAACGUUGCGCAGUACGAGAUCCACCCCUGGUGCGCGAGGAACGACAUUGUCCAGUGGCUGCAGAAGCGCAACGUCGCCAUCGAGGCCUACAGCCCUCUCGUCAGAGGCGAGAGGUGGGGCGAGAAGAACCUCAAGGCGUUGGCCGACAAGCAUGGCAAGUCCGAGGCCCAGAUCCUGUUGCGUUGGAGCUUGCAGAAGGGCUACAUCCCUCUGCCCAAGAGCGUCACUCCUGCUCGUAUCCUCGACAACACAAAGAUCUACGAUUUCCAGCUGUCAGACGAAGAUCUAAAGACCCUUGAGACUGAUGAGUAUGCCCCGGUCUGUUGGGACCCAACCGUCAGCCCAUUGGAUGGGCCUCAGAGCGGCUGA